AUGUCAGUAUCUUCGCUCGCUCCACCAGACAAUUCAUCUAGGCCAAAUUCUUUUAUCACUCCGGAAAAUCCUCUGCUUGACCAUUCUCACCUCAAACCCGGUCAUAGGGCGUCCUUACUUUCUUAUUCACAAACGCUUGAACUAUAUCGUCUAAAUGCUAAAAAAACCAAUGACCCAAAUAUUCAAUUUGAGUUUGCUGCCUUUAUGGUAGAUGCCUCAAGAACGAUGAGUGAAGAGGACGUUAAACAAAGGGACGAAAUUGUCAAAGAAGGUCUAUCGUUAUUAAAAAAACUUGCUGAUAAGAGUCACGCACAAUCACAAUAUUACCUUGCAGACUGUUAUUCUAAUGGUAUAGGAACAACAAAAAAUAAACCGGACUUUGAUAAAGCUUUUCCUUUAUUUGUUCAAGCCAGUAAACAUGGUCAUCCCUCCGCCGCCUAUUGCACUGGUGUAUGCUAUGAACACGGUCGGGGUUGUCGUAAAGAUUAUGCGAAAUCUUUACAAUUUUAUAGAAAAUCAGCAUCUGCUGGUCAUUCUGGAGCAAUGUUUCGAUUGGGUAUUGCAGAAUUGAGAGGUGAAUGUGGUUUAUCAAAGAAUCCUCGUGAUGGUGUUAAAUGGCUGAAAAGGGCCGCCGAGUCGGCAUCUGAAGAAUUCCCGCAUGCUUUACAUGAAUUAUCUGAACUUCAUGAAAGAGGUGUUGAUAAUGUUUUAUAUGUUGAUAUAGAGUAUGCCGUUCAAUUACUUACAGAAGCUGCUGAUUUAAAUUAUGCUCCAUCCGCUUUUAAAUUGGGCGAAUGUUAUGAAUAUGGAAAAAUGGGUUGUCCUAGAGAUGCAGCACUUUCCAUCCAUUAUUAUACCAUUGCAGCUCAACAAGAUCAUCCUGAAGCUUGUUUUGCAUUAACAGCUUGGUAUUUGGUGGGAAGUCCCGGAGUUUUACCUCAAAGUGAUACUGAAGCAUAUCUUUGGGCAAAACGUGCAGCAGAGAAAAGUCUUCCAAAAGCUGAAUAUGCUGUGGGAUAUUUCACGGAAGUAGGAAUUGGAGUUAAAAUAGAUCAAUUAACAGCAGAUAUGUGGUAUAGAAGAGCUGCUGAGCAUGGCGAUAAACGAGCUCAACAAAGACUAAAGGGAGUUCCAAUCGAUGAAAAGAAACCAAAGCGCGAUGAUUGCAUAAUCUGUUAA